AUGCGAGGCAUCUCCAGAGUGCUUUACGGUUGGGGAAAAACCAAUGCGUUACCACUCACACGCACAGCUCAGCAGGUGUUCAAAUCGCCCGUGUGUCUUAGUGAGCAUCCAGAGUAUGCAUUAAAGGUUAUUGAUCCUAGCAAAAACAAGGACGAUGAACAAGUGACCCACAUUGCUGGGGGCUGGGGUCAUUCUUUGAUUGCCACUUUGUCCAAUGUAUAUGGGUUCGGCUUGAACGGCAGUGGUCAACUCGGUAAACCUCGAAAUACAAUCAUCACAGAUCGCCACGCUACCUCUGUCACUGGAGUCACCCACGUCGCAUGUGGGCGUGAACAUUCCCACUUUGUCACAAAUAACGAACAAGGCUCCAACUUGUAUUCUUUUGGCAACAGUAUGUAUGGUCAACUCGGUAUCGGGUUGGAUAAAUCCACUCGACCGGGCGACUUGAUCAUUGCAGAUGAACCCCGCGUUGUCAAUAAUUACAAAGGCAUGGUACGACAUAUUGCUUGUGGAUUAGAUAAUACCGUUUUCGCUACAGAUCACGGCGUAUACUCUAUGGGAUGGGGCGCAGAUGGUCAAUUGGGCUUGGGAACCUCCAAUGAUAGGAAUACGCCGUCGUUAAUAUCCCUUCCCACAUCAAAAGUAAAGAAACUUGCGGGAUCAACGGACUUUACGCUUGCAUUGAUGGAGGAUGGUAGCUUGUGGACUUGGGGAAAUUCCGAAUACGGACAAGGCAUGCAAGGCGCCAAAAUUGAUCGAAUGUUGGACCCUGUGCGAGUCGAUGCAAGCCAUGUCGUAGAUAUAGCUGCAGGAGGUCCUUUCUCCGUUGUUCUCACAGAUGAUGGGCGUGUCCACACAUGCGGGUUUGGUGCGCUGGGAUUAGGGCCAGAACGAUUGGAAUCGCUGGUACUGGCGGAAGUUGCCGGGCUUUCCAACAUUAGACGCGUGUAUGCUACGACCGACUAUGCUGCUGCUCUUUCAGACUCGGGAGAACUGUAUACAUGGGGUUUGAACGGUUACAGCGGGCGAUUAGGUUUAGGAACGGAAGAUCACGCUUUCGUGCCUCAACGCAUUCCUCUGGAAAGACAAGUGGUCGACGUGGCUUUAGGCACCACCCACGCUCUGGCUUUAUGUUCUUCAUGA